UGACCAAGCUGAGAAAAGCUCAGAAUCCCGUCGGAGAUACUCCUUUGAUUUCUGCACUCUGGACAAUCCAGAGGCUAUCCCAUCUGACACCAGCACAAAGAAUAGGCAUGGUCACCGGCAAAAACAUCUCAUUGUGGAUAGCUUUCUCUCUCAUGAGAGUAUUAAAAAGCCAAAGCACAAGAGGAAAAGGAAAAACCUACAGAACAAAGAUGACAUCCAGUUUCUGACAGACCUUGAGGAACUCAUCAAUAAAUUUCAAGUGUUCAGGAUUUCCCAUAGAAAUUAUACAUUUUAUCAUGAAAAUCCAUAUCCCAGCAUCUUCAGGAUUAAUUUUGAUCACUACUACCCUGUGCCAUAUGUCCAGUAUGACCCAUUGCUCUAUCUUCGCAGGACCUCUGACAUGAAGUCUAAGAAGAAGCAUGGUAGAGCUACCAAAACCAAUGACACCAUGACAAAAAUGCCUUUUUUACAAGGGUUCAGUUACCCUAUUCCCAGUGGGAGUUACUAUGCACCCUAUGGAAUGCCUUACACAUCAAUGCCUAUGAUGAAUCUUGGUUACUAUGGUCAGUAUCCAGCUCCUCUGUACCUUUCUCACACGUUCGGAGCAGCUUCCCCAUUCAUGAGGCCUACCUUACCCCCACCCCAAUUCUAUGAAAGCUCUCAUAUGAAGAUGUCCACCACUGCCAAACAUAAAGCAAAACACGGAGUGCACCUACAAACAUCUGUGGGAAUGAACCUUGGAGACAUGCAGUCCUCUUUGACUCCUCCAAAAGUUGGAGGAACAAGCCUUUUAAGUAGCCGACUUCACAAAAAAAGACACAAACAUAAGCACAAGCAUAAAGAUGAGCAAAUAUUGGGGACACAUGACCUGAGUGGUCUGUUUGCUAGCAAGUCCACUGACUUCUCCAGCCACACAAUCAAUGAAAGGCUAAGCAGCUCAGAUAAAGACCUCUCCUUGCUCAAUGAGAAAAGAAAACAUAAGGAGAAGCAGAAGUAUCAGCAUUGUGAAACUGGACACAAAGGCUCAAAGAGUAACUUUGAAGUGUCUAGGUUAUUACUUUUUGAUGCCCAGCAGUGGACACAGAGUAAAGAUAAAAGUGACUCAAGCAAUGAUCUCAUUGACUCUUGCACAAAGAGGUACUCUGGUAAUACUGAGAGUAAUGGAAGGUCAGAGUCCCUGGACAUGUUUGGUGAAAUGAAUUCCUCAAGUGAAAAGAAGGACAAUGAUGCAAGUGGGAAUAAAAGAAGUUUUGAAGGGUUUGGAACUUACAGGGAAAAGGACAUUCAGCCCUUCAGGACAAAUAGGAAGAAGAUAAGUACUUAUGAUUCUUCAGGCUCUUCAGAGGCGUGAAUUCCAGGAAGAAGGCGCGUGUCGCGGAUUAUGUGACUGGUAAAAGGGAACAAACUUUGAAUCCCCAAGCCAUUAAAAACCUGCAGACACGUGCAGACCACGCCGGAGCAUGGGCAGCGCCAUAUUACCCAUGCCGGGAGCAAGAGGUAGUGCCUUCUCUUCCUGUCUCGUGGCCAUGUUGUGGACUGCCUCUGCUGGAGGUAUGCAUGGAACAUGGUCCGUGCUGGGAACCGGUAACUAAGCAACAGCUGCUGUGCGUACCAGCAACAGUGGCGCGAUGUUUAAAAAAGAUGGAGAACGUGAUAGCGGCAAAGUGCGUGGUGAGAGAUUCGAAACAGCGACCACAGACCAAGUCCCCCCGCCUCGCCACGAGGACACCCCGUCAUGGACCAUGGCGGCGGUGGGAUCGAGAAAACUCCGAGCCGAAGCGGCUGAGCGGAGCCGGGGCCAUAAGCAUCAGCGCCAAUGUGGACCCUGCGCCUGCCGAAGGCAGCAAGCCCAGCCCAUCCGCUGCGGGCAGCGCCGCGCCCGGAGUGAUGCCGGGCAGGGUGGCUGGGGCGCCGCGGGGCACUGAGGGCGGCACGGCCGCCGAGAAGGGGUCCAUGCCGUUGUCCGCAGCAGUGGCCGCUCCCCUGGACGAGACCACGUCCAACGGUGUGUAUGUCCCACCCGCGGCCAACGGUGAUGUGGAGCCCAUGGUGUCCACCAUGUCGUUCGUGGACUUCCUAAUGCAACUAGAGGACUACACGCCCACAAUACCAGAUGCCGUGACAGAGCGUCUUGGAGCAGCGUGGAGCCGCUCAAGACUACGAGUGGAGAACCGAGCGACCGAACAGGCUUGCGCCGGGGGUGUAACGCAGGUUUGUAAAUGGGACCAGGGGUGGCAAUUCAGACUAGCAAAGUCAAGACUGCUUGCAAAGUUCCGUGCUGCUGUAGCGGCCCUCGCACAAUUAGCAGACCGGAACAAGCAGCGGGGUGGCGCGAGGCUGUCGGGACACUCAGCAGCCGCGGCGAGACAGGCUGGGGGCGGAGCUGCGCGAGGCUCCGCAGGACUGCUGGGGGCAGCUCCGACCCCCCUGGGCCGAGGCUCGGCAGCGACAGCAACUUCAUCUCGCGGUAGCGGCUGGUGUCGACCAGGCUGCUGCGGCGGUUCCUGCGCAAACCCAGAUGGCAGCGGCGGCGGCACCACCGGGAGCAGUGGGCCCGGCGCACAGCGAGAAGGGGGCCGGGCAGCUGGAGCGGUGCCGCCAUGGGGCGCCUCUGCCUGGAGGCCGCAAGCGGGCCAAGGUCCGGUCGAGGCACAGACGAACGGGAGUCGGAGACCCGACUGGGGCGGCGCGGGGCAGCGCAGCGGCUUCGGUGAGCACGUGUCGGCGGUGCAGAGCUGCGAGGCCUUCGCCACCCGCCUGCACCUGGAGCGCGGGCAGCCCGUACUGGCAGCCGGGCCGUACCUAGAGCUGACGGUCGCGUUCUGCUACACAAGCCAGCCCGCCCGUGCCACCGCUCCCCUGAAGCGGACCGCGCGGCCGCAGCAGUGCGGCCUGGGACAGCCGCACAUGCGGCACAGCGUGGCGCUGCCACUCAGCCGCCACGGGGGCACGGCGCCGGGCUGA